CAGGGGCGCGGAGCGGGCUGACCCGGGGCGAGGUUCCGCGCUCCGGGUAGCUGCGCGCGGCUGCGGGAGGGAGGGACGCCCGAGGGUGCCCCGCCGCCUGCCGGUCGGGAGGAAGCGGUCGGCCUCCGCUGUGCCCGGAAUCCCAGUCAGAAGUUCCAGCUUGCCACUCUUCUCUGAUGCCAUGCCAGCACCAACUCAACUGUUUUUCCCUCUCGUCCGCAACUGUGAACUGAGCAGAAUCUAUGGCACUGCAUGUUACUGCCAUCACAAACAUCUCUGCUGUUCCUCACCCUACCUUUCUCAGAGUCACCUGAGGUACACAAACCACCCAGCAUAUGCUACCUUUAGUAGGCCAAAGGAGAGCUGGUGGCAGUACACCCAAGGGAGGAGAUAUGCUUCUACGCCACAGAAGUUUUACCUCACGCCUCCCCAAGUCAACAGUAUCCUUAAAGCUAAUGAGUAUAGUUUCAAAGUGCCAGAAUUUGAUGGCAAAAAUGUCAGUUCCAUCCUUGGGUUUGACAGCAAUCAGCUGCCUGCAAAUGCACCCAUCGAGGACCGGAGAAGUGCAGCAACCUGCUUGCAGACCAGAGGGAUGCUUUUGGGGGUUUUUGAUGGCCAUGCAGGCUGUGCUUGUUCCCAGGCAGUCAGUGAAAGACUCUUUUAUUACAUUGCUGUCUCUUUGUUACCCCAUGAGACGUUGCUAGAGAUUGAAAAUGCAGUGGAGAGUGGUCGGGCACUACUGCCCAUCCUCCAGUGGCACAAGCACCCCAACGAUUACUUCAGUAAGGAGGCAUCAAAAUUGUACUUCAACAGCUUGAGGACUUACUGGCAAGAGCUCAUAGACCUCAAUACUGGUGAGUCAGCUGAUAUUGAUGUGAAGGAGGCUUUAAUUAAUGCUUUCAAAAGACUUGAUAAUGACAUCUCUUUGGAGGCUCAAGUUGGUGAUCCUAAUUCUUUCCUCAAUUACCUGGUACUCCGGGUGGCAUUUUCUGGGGCCACUGCCUGUGUGGCCCAUGUGGAUGGUGUGGACCUUCACGUGGCCAAUACUGGGGAUAGCAGAGCCAUGCUAGGUGUACAAGAAGAGGAUGGCUCUUGGUCAGCAGUCACACUGUCUAAUGACCACAAUGCUCAGAAUGAAAGAGAAGUGGAACGGCUGAAGUUGGAACACCCAAAGAAUGAGGCCAAGAGCGUGGUGAAACAGGAUCGGCUGCUUGGCUUGCUGAUGCCUUUUAGGGCCUUUGGAGAUGUCAAGUUCAAAUGGAGCAUUGACCUUCAGAAGAGAGUAAUAGAAUCUGGCCCAGACCAGUUGAAUGACAACGAAUAUACUAAGUUCAUCCCUCCUAAUUACCACACACCACCUUAUCUCACUGCUGAGCCUGAGGUAACUUAUCACCGAUUAAGGCCCCAGGAUAAGUUUUUGGUGUUGGCUACUGAUGGCUUGUGGGAGACCAUGCAUAGGCAUGAUGUGGUUAAGAUUGUGGGUGAGUACUUAACUGGUAUGCAUCACCAACAACCAAUAGCAGUUGGUGGCUACAAGGUCACUCUGGGACAGAUGCAUGGUCUUUUAACAGAAAGGAGAGCCAAGAUGUCCUCAGUAUUUGAGGAUCAGAAUGCAGCGACACAUCUCAUUCGCCAUGCUGUAGGCAACAACGAGUUUGGGGCUGUUGAUCAUGAGCGCCUCUCCAAAAUGCUUAGUCUUCCUGAAGAACUUGCUCGGAUGUACAGAGAUGAUAUUACAAUCAUUGUAGUUCAGUUCAACUCUCACGUUGUAGGAGCUUAUCAAAAUCAAGAAUAGUGAAUGUUCCUUACUGGGCAAGUCCCAAACUAAAGGGCAAAAUUUUUAAAAGAUACUAAUGAAAUAAACAUUUCUAGUGGAUCAUUCUAAACAUUUACCCAUUUAAUACUCUUGGUAGUCCCAUAUUCCAUGCUGACCUUGCAGCAGAGUGACGAGGUCUAGAGUGUCUAAUUCUGCCUUGUUCAGACCUGCCAGCGCCUCCACUUGAGGCAGUUAGUGUCUUAUUGCAGGUGUCAAGACAUUGACUUCUUUUUACCAAUCGAGAAAAUCAGGAUUGUCUGGCAGAUAUAAUCUUGAAUAGGUCAAAAGCCAGGGUCCUCCCAUGCAUAUUUUCUUCGUAAAAGGGAAGAAACAUUACUAUUAAUACCUGCAGAUUCCUUUCUUCACUAAGAUUCUAAUGUACAUGAAGACAUUCAUUUAUUGCAUGACUUUCUGGAUAUAUAACCUAUGCAUUUACAUAAGUUUAUUUUAGCCUGAGUGAUUUUUAGAUCCAAUACUUUUAAGCCAUAAAUGACCAUGAACCAAGCAAUCUAAAUUGGUCAAUUUUUUUAUUAUAUGACAGAAUGCUGCUUAGAUGGAAGAACACAGUGUACUACAUUCCCCAUGCCUGAUUUUCUUAAUGUAAUUGAAAUAUUUCCUGUUUUUCCACACACUGGAAGAUAGUAAAGCUUUUUAGUUGUAUCUGCUCUUACAUUGUUGUUAACCAAAGGAAAAAGAUUUGUUUUACUGAAAAACUUUAUUUGGUUUGAAAUAAAGAUACCCAGAAUAAAAAGAAGAGACUGAUAUAUUCAGUGAUUGUCAUCUGUGGCCACUGGCACAUUGCUCUUACAUAAUCCUCUAUUGGCAUGCUGUGUAGGGUGUGCAGCCUGCUGCUGAGAAACUGUAUUUCUUACUUAGUAUUGGUAAGAAUUUGUAUCAGUUUUGGAAAUUUAAGAAUGACGUAAGUAAGUUUAAAUAUUUAAAUAUCACUUGCAGUGACCAAGGCUUAAUCCUACCAUUUGGUAUUGAAAUGGGAGGAAAUGUUUGAUAUUCCUCACUUAGACAGUCACUUAAAAUAUUUGCUUUAAAAUCCCUAAAGACUUUAAACAUAAUGUAGCUUAAGAUAUAUGUUAGGUAUAGACAUGAGAAAUUUUAAAGGUAACUAUUGUGCAUGCCUGAUGUAAUAGAACACUUAACUAGCAUCAAGUGUUGUUUGCAGCAGUCUCCAUAACUAUAUGCAGUCCCUUCUAGUACUGUAUCAAAGUAGAUGAAAAUAAAUAUGUUCAAAUUGGCUUUUUGGGAGCUUAUUUGAUAAGCAUUAAAUGACAUUUUGUUCCUGUGUUUCAUGGUGGUCUGUGUACACAUCUGUGUAUGUUUUCAUCACUGUUUAAAAAAAAAGACUUUGAAAUUCACAUAGAUUUUAAUACAAAACAUUAUCAGCUUUUUCUUGUGUAAUUAGUUGAGUAAGAGUCUUCAGAAUUCUAUAGGAUAUGAACUAGAUAAGAAAGGAUACUGUGGGUUUGCAUACUAAAUGAAUGGGGGCAGAAUUUGUUCCAAUUGAAAAUAGACUCAGGAAUGUUACAGCUCAGUUACAUCUUAUGCUGUUUGUUUUCUGAGAUAUUUUUGUACUUAAGUCAGUUUAGACCCUUUUUUUAGGCAGUAUUUUGGAAGGGGAAAAGCUAUACUGUGUAUUUAUUUCUAAAUGUUUUGACCUAGACUUUAUCUUUUAAUGAAAUAAGUGAUUGUGAUAGCAAAGCUCAUUUUUAGCUAAUGUUUGAAUUACUUUUGAAUACCACCACUGACGAGUUACAUGUUAUAUAUUAAAUAUAGUUUUAUGGUGAAUGUAUUCCAUGUAGUACAGGAAAUAUCAAUUCAGUUUUCUGUGAUCAUGAUAGUCAUUCAUAUCACACAAGAAGUUUGGCCUACAAGCCUCUUAAAAAGUUGGAAAACUGGUCUACUUUGUGUAGAACUGAAAAUGAAAUGUGGAGUUGAUAUUGUGGAAAUGAAAAUAAUUGGGUGUUGAAAUCUGAAUGUAUUCAUCUAACAGUAGUUGUAUUUUAAUCGUAAUUGGUUGUCAGACUGGUGUGAUAUCUCGAAUUAAUGUCGAUACAUGUAAACUUUCAUGAUAUUUAGCUUAUUAAAAUUUUGUUUUAUUUAAACUU